AUGUUGUCUCUAAAAAAAGAUAAAAAUGAGGAAGAUGAUGGUAUCGGCUCCACCUACAUGAAUCGGGACAAAUCGUCUGUGUUACAAGACGUAAGAGUCGAAUAUCACAACGUCUUUCUUGCUCGGCUUUUUAAUGCAAAUCAGCCAAAUCCGAGGAAGUGUAUUCAAAUUUUAACAAGAAUUUUAUGUCUUCUGAAUAAGGGUGUCAAAUUUAGCCGCCAGGAGGCUACAACAACAUUCUUUGCCGUCACCAAAUUAUUUCAGCUUCCUAAUCAAAGUCUUCGAAAACUCCUCUACCUUGUUAUCAAAGAGUUGUCACCCUACGCCGACGAUGUGAUUAUCCUAACUAGCAGCCUAACGAAAGAUAUGACGGGGUCAGAGGCGUCUUUCCGUGCUCCUGCUAUUAGGACACUAUGCAAAAUUACUGACCCGAAUAUGGUGCAAGCCAUUGAACGGUACUUGAAACAGGCUAUUGUAGAUAAGUCGCCUGCAAUCGCAUCCGCUGUCUUGGCUUCUGCCUAUCAUCUUAUGCAGAUUUGCCCGGAAGUUGUCCGGCGGUGGAGCAACGAGAUUCAAGGCGCUAUUUCUGGAUCUAGUGUCAUGGUACAGUAUCAUGCCCUCGGUCUCCUUUGUCUGAUCCGUCAAUCUGACCGGCUUGCUACUUUGAAGCUCAUACAAAAAUUCCUUCAGUCUCCACUAAGGUCGUCAUAUGCACAUUGCGUUAUGAUCCGUGUCGUGGCACGACAGGUCGAAGAAGAAGGCAUUACUGAUAGCCGCAAUUUGAUGGAUUUCCUGGAGGCAUCCUUACGCCACAAGUCUGAGAUGGUUGUCUAUGAGGCCGCCCGCGCUAUUGUUGGUUUGAGUCAUUUAACAGCUAAAGAGUUGGCCCCUGCCGUGAGCGUCCUUCAGCUCUUCUGUUCUUCGCACAAAUCCUCUCUCCGUUACGCAGCCGCUAGAACGCUAAACAAAAUUGCAACGCGGCACCCCACUGCUGUUGCUUUCUGCAACCACGACCUAGAGACUCUCAUUUCCGAUCCAAAUCGUAGUGUUGCUACUUUGGCUAUUACAACGCUCCUUAAAACGGGCAGUGAGAAUAAUGUUGAUCGGCUAUUGAAGCAUAUCUGUUCUUUCAUGGCGGACAUUACUGACGAAUUCAAGGUCGUGGUUCUCGAGUCGAUCCGCAUGUUGGCAGCUAAGUACCCUCGAAAGUACUCUGUCCUCCUUAAUUUCCUGUCUGGCCUGCUGCGUGACUCAGCCGGCUAUGAGUUCAAAAAAGCUGUAGUGAUCGCUAUGGAGUCCAUUAUCAAGGAAAACUCCCAGGCUAAGAACCUCGGUCUUCUGCAGUUGUGUGAGUUCAUUGAGGACUGCGAGCAUGAGAAACUGACGCAGCGUAUCUUGUACCUGCUUGGGCGUGAGGGUCCAUUUUUGAGUCGGCCUCGCCAGUUCAUCCGCUUCAUCUACAACCGCAUCAUCCUCGAGUCCGCGGCCGUCAAGUGCACCGCCAUAGUGGCGUUGGCGCGUUUUGGCGCGAACUGCGACGACCUCCUGCCCAGCGUCCUCGUGCUGCUUGAACGCGUAAUGCUCGACGACGACGAUGAGGUCCGUGACCGAGCCGCAUUCUACCAUCACGUUCUGUCGUCAAGCGACCGCACCCUGGCCAAGGAGUACGUUCUGAAUGACGAGAAUCGUCUCAACAUCCAAGCUCUGGAGCGCGCCCUCCUCGCGUACACCCAGGCUUCUAGGGCGGAUUUGGCAAAGCCCUUCGAUUUGUCUUCUGUCCCUGUCGAGGAACCGCCUGCCGCUGGCAUCUCUGAAGUCACCGCCAUGGCAGAAAGCUCCACGGUCGGUUUCUUCGAGGCCCCCAGCACUGCCGCACACGGUGCUGGCAAAGGCGACGAGAAGGGAGGUGCUGCGAAGGACUCGACAGCUGCUGGAGCACCCCAAAGGCGCCAAAGUCGCUACAUGGAGGAGCUGGAGGCAAUCCCUGAGCUAAGGGCUCUUGGUCCGCUCUUCAAGUCUUCGAUGGAGGUCGAACUUACCGAUCCUGGCACAGAGUACACGGUCUCUUGCGUCAUCCACACUUUCCGACAUCACAUCGUCCUUCAGUACGAGGUAACGAAUACAAUGGAAGAUCAGUUAUUAGAGGACGUCUAUGUUGAGGUUGAGGUUGCAGACGAGGACUUUGAGGUGUUGAAAAGCCUUCCAAUCAGGUCCCUGGGAUUCAACACACCCGCCUCAACCUACAUCAUUCUUCGACUGCCUGAGAGCGUUUCUCUUCUCACAACUUCUUUAUCCAACACCCUCAAAUUCAUUGUCAAGGACGUCGAGGCCGGACCAAAUGAUCCUGGUCUAACCGAUGAAUAUGCUCUUGAAGAAUUGUCCGUUCCUGUCGCUGUCCACUUCCAACGCGUGCUGAAAUCAAACUUCGCCGCUGCUUGGGAGGAAUGCGGCGAUGAAGGGGAAGCCGAAGAAACCUACUUCCUCACCAAGUUCUCAACCAUUGAAGAAAUGGUGACGGAGUUGGUUGCUCACCUUGGCAUGCAGCCAUGUGAACGGUCUGACCAGCUGCCCACCGAGGAGAAGACCUCCCACACGCUUCUGCUCGCUGGUGUCUUCCGUGGUGGAAUCACCGUCCUCGCACGCUGUAAAUUAGCCAAGUCCCUUCCUGGCAGUCAGCCUGGCAUCAACUUCCAAAUCACGGUCCGUUCGCCGGUGGCCGAAGUCAACCAAGCGGUCGCUGACUCACUCAGCUAA